AUGACCAAGAAAAAAAAUGAUGUGAGUCAGGAGAGCUCAAAACAUAAUGGAAAAAGUAAUAUGGAGGAUCCUGUAAGUCAAUUAAAGCUCUCCAUUGAACGGCUGAAGGCUGGUGUCGAGAAAAUGGGUAUCGCACUGAAUUGUAAUCCAAACGCUGAAUCUACAGCUAGCACAACAAACCAAUCUGCAGAAGUUAAUAAUUCAUCGAUUAAAGCAGAAGAUGGGAACGACUUUAGGAAAGAUAUGAGUGCAGAAGAAAAGAAACAACAAAGAGCAGCAAAGGCCGCUGAAAAGAAAGCUCGAGCCGAAGCAGCAAUUGCUAAGAAGAAGUUAGCUGAUGAAGGAGAAAGUCCUGAAGACAAAAAAGAACAGGGCAAGGAAAUGACUCAAGAAGAAAAGAAAGCACAAAGAGCUAACAAAGCUGCUGAGAAACAAGCAAAAGUACAAGCUGCCAUAGAGAAAAAGCAAUCAGGGGAGAAAGCUCCACAGAAUGUUCCGCAUGUGGUUGAGAAAAAAGAGAAUCGUUCUCCAACGCCUGAAUGUGUGCAAAAGCCAUCCAUAAAAUCAAAGACUAGCGUCAAGUCUGAUCCUAAAGAAGUGAAAUUCGAUCUAAGUAUGAAGAGUGGAUCAGAAGAAAAUUUAGUUGCGAGUUUACAAAACGCUGCAGCAGCUUCAGUUCCAUAUGAAGAUGGAGCAAGUAUAGCUAAAAUCCACCCCGCCUUUUUGAGUUUGGCUAUUCGCUGUGAGAAAGGCAUAAUUUCUGAGCUCGAUCAACUAUGUGAGGAGUUCUUAGCAGCAUUCGACGAAUUUUUGAACUCAUGGGUUGCUCAACGAGCUAGGGAAAGUGGAGAUAAACUGAAUAAACUAGGUGUUGGGCUUGAUGCUGAUAUCAAACCUCAGUUAGCUCAUUUGACUCAAAGUGGUCGUUGGCCACUUCCAUUUGCCUUAGGAAACAUUGUGCGUCAACUGAAAAAAGAAAUAGCCAAAAUUGGAAAGGAUGAUAUUCAUACCGGUACCAGGAAUAUCGGUGAUUUACAACAAUGGCUUAAAGAAUGCCAAGAAAACAACUUCAGCUAUGCAUAUAUUGCAAUUUCUACUCAUUUGAAACCGAAGUUGACAUCAGCGAAGUCGAUUUUAACUUAUGAUUGGAAUCCUGUUGUUAAUCACGUAUUGUUGAACUCAUCUCUUGAAAACCAGAUAUGUUGCAUCGUUGAUCAUGAGAUGAACGGAAAUGGAAUGAAGCAUAUCGAGCCACUGAUGAACAAAGGCAUGAAAUGUCAAUAUACGGAUUUGAAGUCCGCUGGAUAUGCCAUGCAAUCUUGUAGCAUCGUGCUCCUGGGUUGUUCAGCUGUUCUUUCCAACGGUAAUGUGGCUGCUCCUCGCGGUUCACUCCAACUUGCACUUCUGGCGAAGGAUAGAAAUAUCCCCGUUUUAGUCGUCGCUCAGUCUUUCAAGUUUGUAGACAAGGUUCAAUAUCAAAGGAUGGCUUUGUUAGGAACAGAAUCUGUUGAAGUUGUCCCUUCAGACCUUGUCACAGCUAUAGUAACUGACAUUCGAAUUCUACCUCCAAGUUCUGCCCCUGCCGUAUUGAAAGCUAAAGCUCUAGAAAUGGAAUAA